UCAUUCUCACCGUCGGUCUAUUGUGGUUGAACUUCGAGGACACCUCGAGCAUAUUCUAUCCAAUAGCAGAACAUUGUGAUGAUUUCUACUUGCGUAUCAACAGCAUCCUCAUUCGACGAACAGAUGAUGCAAGAAGUGUUGGAUCAAGCAAUCGAGGACACAUGCCGAAAUUUUGGUCUGCUCUCCCCAUACAAUAAUGAUCUCAAUCGAGGAGACCAGGAAGUACAAAAUUCAGAACAGAAUCUGAAAGUGUUGAACACCAUAGAAGAUUUGACGGUUGACGAGGACUGUGGAAUAACAUAUGACGGAAUGAUCUGCAAAGAGAGAGCGAAAAAGUUCCCGACGUCCUACUAUCACGUCGAAGAGAUGAAUAAAGGACCGGUCGAUUACGCUCCUCGCCUGGCAAAAAUUCCAUCGCAGUAUCAACUUGAGUCGUUGAGUGAGGUGUACAUGUGCGAUUAUCCUUCAAUGAACAAAUGCGGUGACAUACCACAUAAAGGAGAAUCAGAGGUUGAUGCACCUUCAUUAAACAUUCCACCAGAUCUGCGUAUUGCCCCAGCAACAACUAAUAUUUGCCAAGUGUUUUCGCAAUAUGUGUGCGAGAUGUUGUACUAGACAUCUAUGUUUUUGAGCGUU